AUGUAUCGAAAGCUCAGUGCAAUUAUUUCCGAGUCUGAUAAGACGAUGAAAACUGGGCGCGACUGCAUUACGGACGACGAGAAGCGGCAGUGGUGGGAGCAUCGGUCUUUGUUAGAUCAACAGCUGGGCCAGCUUCUGCGUAACAUCGAGGACGAGUGGCUGGGUGGGUUCCGCGGCGUGCUCCAGCCAGUUGACAUGAUGUUUGGCCAGAUUGUGAGCGCCAGCAUGAUAACUAACCUGCGGAAAGAAAUACAGGCUUGCAUCGGCCAGUGCAUGUCAAAAGCAUACGCUGCCAAGGCAAAGCCAUUGAGCUGGCGGACGAGCUGUGCGCGCUUAAACGAUUGGCUUGAUAUAUGUUCGAUGCUUUGGGAUGUUUACAGCUACCAGGGAGCUGCUCCGCCCGGCGACGAGGCAAGUGUUGACAGCUUUGCCGACCAACUGAUGCAGACAAUGCGCAGCUUCAUUGCUACUAACGCAUUGAGCUCGUGCCGUGUGCAAGCUAAAAGCCAGCGGCCACAUCUUAUAUUGGCACUAGACAAGCAUGCUCAACAAGUUCCAUGGGAGUGUCUGCCCUGUCUACGCGACUACCCUAUCUCGCGAGUGCCUUCAAUUGCGUUUUUGCAGGACCGCAUUUCCGCGAUGAAUACUUUGCGGCGAGGAGCCAGCCCAUUGAUGACAUCCGCGCCGCCUGGCGUGUUUGUGGACGGGAACCGUGCCUUUUACGUGCUCAAUCCUGAGGGUGACUUGCUUCGCACGCAGUCAAAUUUUGAGAGUUUUUUGCAAGCGCAGUCCGGAUGGCAGGGUGUCGUUGGGCGACGGCCAUUGGGCCACGAGUGUGAACAGGGCUUGUCUUCCGGCGACAUAUUCUUGUACUUUGGACACGGCGGCGCGGAAAAUUACAUAUCGCGCAAUCAGAUUCGCAAACUCGGGCGGUGUGCUGUUGCCCUUCUGUUUGGGUGCAGCAGCGGGCUUUUGAAGCUCGCCGGUGAGUAUGACGCGAUGGGCACUGCAACUGAUUAUAUGAUUGGCGGAUGUCCCGCGCUGGUUGGAAAUCUCUGGGAUGUCGGCGACAAGGACAUUGACCGAUUCGCUGCGAGCAUGCUGCAAAGCUGGGGGUUGGAUCAGCCUGCCAAUUUAAACGAGAGGCUGGCGUCGCCCGUGUCCCUGGCUGAGGCUGUGUGCGAGGCACGUAGGGUUUGCCGCAUGGCCUUUUUGACAGGCGCUGCGCCGGUGGUAUAUGGUAUUCCAGCUUAUCUGUGUUGA